CGUUAGUCAAUCCAUCUGUUUAUAAUGUCUUCAGCACCUAGGAAGAAGGUUCUAUUGAAAGUCAUCAUUCUGGGCGAUAGUGGGGUAGGGAAGACAUCUCUUAUGAAUCAGUAUGUUAACAAGAAGUUCAGUCCACAAUACAAGGCCACUAUUGGAGCUGAUUUCCUCACGAAGGAGGUGACGAUUGACGACAAAGUGGUGACACUUCAGAUUUGGGAUACUGCUGGCCAAGAGAGAUUCCAAAGUCUAGGAGUGGCAUUUUACCGUGGUGCUGAUUGCUGCUGUUUGGUCUAUGACAUAACUAAUCCCAAGAGUUUCGAGAGUCUGGAUUCCUGGCGGGAUGAGUUCCUCAUACAGGCGUCGCCUAAGGAUCCAGAGGAGUUCCCAUUUGUGGUAGUCGGGAAUAAAUUGGAUAUGGAGGCAAAGCGAAAAGUAUCAAAGGCAAGAGCGACCACUUGGUGCAGAUCCAAGGAUAAUAUUCCGUGUUUCGAGACUAGCGCCAAAGAUUCUCUGAAUGUUGAGCAGGCCUUCAUUGAAAUUGCACGACGGGCGCUGCAGAACGAGGCGGCAAUGGCUAAGGAGCAGGAGCAAAUGUAUUUAUCCCAAACACUUAACUUGAAUAAUCCUCCGGCCGACAAUCAGAGCUCUAAUGUGCAGCAAUGCGAGUGCUAGAAGCGUAUCAUUGUUUACCGUGGUCAUCAGCAUCACUAUAGUGUCGUUUCUCGUUCAUAGUACUAUUUGUCCUUUGCUACUGCUGCUACUACUAUUGUGGCCCAUAGAAUGACAAGCUGGCUUGAUCCUAUUCCUCGACAACGAUGGCUCUGACGAUGUUGCAUAUAUAGUAUCUAGUAGUCCCGUCUCAGUAACC